UGCUGGCAUAAAAGCAAUGGCGGCUAGUAGGAAGUAUUUCUUGAGUUUGUUUGGACGGAAUUUUCGCCAUGUUCUUUAUCAAUCUCGAAACCCUCAUUUAAUGAGACCAAAUAUGCGCUUAUUAUCUGACAAAAUAAUCGACAGUUCAGACUCAGAGCCACCCAUACCAGUGUACAAAUCGCCUCAAAACGAACCGGUCGAUCGCAAACGAGCAAGAUUACUCUACCAAAGCAGGAAGCGUGGAAUGCUGGAAAAUGGACUCCUGUUGAGCACAUUUGCAGAUAAGCAUUUAGAUGGUCUGAAUGAUAACCAGCUGGAUCAGUAUGACAAGCUGAUAAAUGAACCUAGCAAUGACUGGGAGAUAUACUACUGGAUGACAGACAAGAAACCUACACCUACAGAGUAUGAUAAUCCAGUUAUGGAAUUGCUUAAGAUCCAUGCAAAGAAUGAAAAUAUGGAAGAACGUAUCAGACAACCAGAUCUUCAAGCAAAGUAAUCACCAUGAAAAGUCUUUGACAGAGUAUUCUCCCUCUUAUUCCUGAAGAACCACUGGAGAUUUUUUACAAACUCUUGCAUUGCUGUUCUUUGAAUCAGUAAAGCCUGUAACAGUUAUUUGGGUUACUUUGGAAGUUGUAAAGACUCAAGGAACAAUUCAUCAGAAAUUGCAAGGUUUUAAACAACUAAACACUGUUGCUCAUGCAAGAGAAUUACCACAACCUUUACAAAGGGUGGUAACAAAAUUUGUUCCUCAGACAUCCAUGACAAAUCUGAAAGUAACAACAUUUGUUAUAACAAGGGAGAAAUUUAACAUUAAGUUUUGAGUUAGGUGUUUUUGUCUAUCCCUUUGUCCAAUUAAAAAAAAAAUAUUGCUCAUAACAGAAAACUAAACUUUCAAGUUGCUUCUAUUAUUUAUUGCACAAAUGAGUUAUAAACACUUGAAAAUAUCCAAGUUAAUGAUUCUUUGGGCUCUGGGGUGUGACUUUUGCCUUAAUGACUUUACAUGCAUGAUGUGAGAUGUAUUCAUGCAGGGUUGCACUCAUCACUUUUUCAAUUCUGAACACUCUUUUUUGUCUUGAUAUGUUUGUUGAGAAAAUCAUUAUUUUCUUGAAAUGGAACUGUCAUCACCAAGUACAAUCACCAAAUCUCUGAAUGAGUUUGUCCUGAUCACAGAGGUCCUUCUGAACCUUCUUUCUCAUGUAAAAGAUGGGACAAUCACGACUGAAACAAAACAGAUAUUAACCAUGUAAAUGCAAAGCACAAUCAAAAAGUGCCAUGGAUUCAGAUUUUAGAUGAUCCCAAGAGAUUUUUCAUUCACUUAAAAGUAUUUUGUGAGUUAAGAAGCAAAGCAGAGUGUAGAACCUUAAACUCCAAGAUCUGAUUGUUAAUUCUCCCUUCUCACUGCUACACAAUUCCUUAUAAUUUGGUUACCAGAAUUUGUUGUUAGAACCAGAUAAAAUCUUCCAUCUGACAA